AAGAACUAUCCCCUUUGUAAUCUACUACUUUGCUGAGGAAGACACUGUUGAGCACGAAAUUGUUAAUAAGAAUCUAUAUAAAUAACAAUUUAAAUUAAAUAUUUCGUAUAAAAAUGAUAAGAUAAAAACAACAAUAACAAUAUGAGUGUCAAUUUGAUCAAAUAAAUAAACAAAAGAAAACAACAGAAACUAUUCUUUGCUUACUUGUUCGUUGAAAGGAAGACAAGUGGCAAACGCUGAAAAAAAAACAGUUCACCAAAUAUACACCCCCCACAAAGAAACCAGAACACUUCGUCACAAAAACAACAACAACGAUAUAUAAAGGACAAAGUUUAGGAGGCUAAUGUUUGUUAUUAACGCUUAGCAGUGGUGGUGGUUGUGCGUGUGGAGUUAACGAGAAAAACAAUAUCAAAGAUCAAAACGUUGACGUUUCUUUGACUGGUAGUCGGUCGGUCGGUGGGUCGUUUGGUCUUUGUUGUCGCUGCAGCCGUGAGCCGCCCUUUGAUUAUGACGACAAAAACCAAUGCCAGCGUAGAAAUCAAUAACACCACCAGAGCCAAUCAAGAGGAUUUGUAUAGCAAAGAAAAAAUCGAAUUAAUUGUACCAACAACGGGUAAAUUGUAUUUCGAACAUAAACCGGAGCUGGUAUUCUGUAAGCCGCACUUAAUGCCAUUGAAAUCUCAAGCGCUGGAACGCUUGGAGGAAAUGCAACGUGAUACUGCAAGGCAGUUGCAGGAGAAACGCUUAAAAGGUUCCCAUAAGGCCAAGAACUAAAAAAGGAGCUUUGU